AUGGUCAAGGGCAUCACAAACUAUCAAGAGAAGAAGAAGAAGAAGGCAAUCAAUGGCUGCCUCUUCGCCCUGAUGAUAAUCUACUUUCAUCUUUCAAAAAACAAAGGCAAGAACAGGGCUGAAAGACCACCAAAGUCAUGGAUUGCCAACUGGACUAAGGAGCAGUUGGUGGAAAGAAUGAAUGCAGAAAGAGAGGAAAUUUUGGUGAGGGAUUGUGAAGUUGGCAGAGACAAGAGAAAAAAUGAGAAAAAAAGAAAAAAAAGAAAAAAAAGGAAGGCGAGCCCAACAUCGUCUUCGGAGACAGAAACUACUGACAGUGACACAUCUACCUCUGAGUCUGAGGCUCAAGAAGACUCAGAGAAUUCGGGAAGAAAACACCCCGGCAAAAAGGGGAAAAAGAGCGAAGAAUCAUCACCUGGGAAGAAGGAGAAGAAAAAGAAAAAAACAAAAACAACUCCAAAAAAUGAGAGAUAUGAAAUAUCAAGUGACGAACUUGAUGAAUGGCUAGGGGAAAACGUUCAUAAAUCUGCUACAGAGGGGGACAACCAAGCUGACCUGCGAUCGACAGAAGGUUGCUAUGUGUACUCUGAAACACUACCGGCUGUGAACUUGGGAAGUGAUGAUCCUUCCUCUCAAGGACGCACAGAACAGAGUAGUAUAAACCAGCCGUCUCAGAGCAUGUAA